AAACGUCCUUUAUUGCCUAAUAUACAAUGAAUAAGUUAGAAAUUUAAAAAAAAAAAGAUUUCUUAAUUAAUUUUUAUUUCUGAAGUUAACCUAUAACAAUAUGUCAAUCCAUAACUAAUUUAAGCCUUCUCGGAUAUACUAUAACAUUCCCUUAAUAUUACGGACUUUUAAUUCCUUUAAAACAAGUUUUAAUUUUAUUUACAUCGCAUCUAUUCCAUUUGACGCAAGCAGGAAGAAAUUGUAAACAAUAAGUUGCAAGGUUAAUCGAUUAAUCAGCUGAUCACUCAGAUGUUAUUUACCUCCCUGAGUAGAUGUAGUUUUUAAGCUUCUUCAUUAAAUUUAAAUUGACCAAAUCAUAUCUUAUAGUUUUUGUAUUUUAACUUUUAAAUAUGAUGUCCCCUGCGACUGUCGAUUCUAAAAGAUGUGUUGUCUUUCCAGGAAUACUGUGAGAUAUUAAAAGUCAUUUCUUCAAGCUGGAAGAAUCAGUUCCUUAUAUAGCCAACAUUAAUUCCUGAUGCCAACCUCUCUCUUAAUGUGUGGAUUGAAUUCAAAUUAGCUCCCCAUACUUUUGUGGUGCAGAUGAAAAGAAAAAGGAUAUAUCAAAAUGGUUAGCAUGAGUUCAACUCUAGUCGAAACAGUUUCAAUUAACUAUGAAGACUUCAAUGAAAGUUUCCUCACUUGUGGAACCUGUUUAUGUAUGUAUGAUGGUGGUGAACACACUCCGAAACUGUUGGCAUGCUCUCAUACUGUUUGCCUUCAUUGCCUGUCUCGAAUUGCUGGACAAAACCCAGCAUCACCUACUUUCCGCUGCCCGAUAUGCAGAGAUAACAUUACCGUUCCUCGAGGUGGAGUUGCUGCUCUGCCUCCGAGUUUUCUAGUCAAUCAACUAUUGGACUUAAUGGCUUCCCAAAGAAGGGAAGUUGUGCCGAAAUGUUCUGUCCAUUUUAAUCAGGAGUUAUUGUUUUGCGAAACCUGUGAUACCGUAUUCUGUUCUCAAUGUACGUCUGGCUCUCAUUCUUCUGCGGCCUCAGCAAGUAUGUCAUCAUGUGAACAUACAGUGAUUCCUUUCAGCAUCGCCAUCAAGAGAAUGUCUGAAAUUUUACUCUACAAAGCCAACGAAUGUAUUUCUAAGCUUACAGAGGCUGAAGAGGCUGUGAGAGGAGAAGUAGAAAGGCUUGAAGGUGCAGCAAGAGCUUGUCUUGAGAGAGUUGAGGCUUUGUUUUCCGAGGCCCACGCAGCUGUUGAAGCUAGACGUCAGGCUGUUGUUGAACAAAUCAAUUGUGUUCGAGAUGCGAAACUAAAAGUUCUCAGAGCUCAACUUGAUACAAUUCAGGCCGAAAAAGAUAAGGUUACUUCAGAAUGUGAUGGGCUACAGUAUCAAGUUGAAGUCAGAAAUAUAUCUCAAAGGAUAUGUUCACUUUCGCAGAAGUUAGAAAGUGUCUCUGUUCUUUCCGAGCCGAGAGAAAAUUCUUUCAUAGAAUGUAAUCUUGUGCAAGGAUGCCUUACAAGCUUGGAGCAAGGUCUUAAAGCUACGGUCAGAACGACAACGACAUUCCCAAGCUUUUCUACGUUGUCAUCCUUAGGUGAGCAUGUUGUGAAUUUGGAAUGUUCCAUUGUUCUGACCACCAUAGAUUACGAUGGUAACGUCAGACUUACUGGUGGGGAUCCUGUAGUUGGUGAAAUAACUUCACCAGCUGGAGAAACUUUCGAAGUUUUGGUUGACGAUAGGGGGGAUGGUACAUAUCACUUAAAAUUUAGACCUCCUGUACCUGGAAGGUAUGAAAUGAAAGUGAGCGUCGUAGAUAGACCUGUUAAACAGUGCCCUUAUGUUUUGGAAGUAAGCGAACAUAAUAAUCCGAUCACAACUUACGGUUCCAGAGGAUCAGGGAAGGAUCAGCUCUUACAGCCAGUUGCUAUCACAUACGAUCCUUCAACACAGCAGGUCUUUGUAGUAGACACUGGAAAUUCUCGUAUUAAAGUCCUGAAUAAAGAUCUUUCAUUGAUAAAGCAUUUGGAUAAUCCAGGUCUUCAGGGACGUUCUUGUACUGGGAUUUCCUGUUUUACCUCGGCUGCGAGUGAUCCUUGGUUGGUUGUUGUUAACUGGAGAACGCAAGCAAUUACGAGAAUGUCAUUGGAAGGAGAAUCUUUAUCGAGUUUUACUCAUUGUGGAUUUCAAGAACCGAUAGACAUUGCUGUUGACUCAACUUAUGGCCACAUACUGGUCGCUGAUAAUGGCCCUUCAUGUGUUUUCGUUUUUGAUACUGAAGGAAAGUUUUUGUUUGAGGUUGGUAAAAAAGGGAGUUCUAAAGGCUGCUUCAAUCUGAUAUCAGGUGUAACAGUUGGUCCUGAAGGGGAAAUCGUCGUUGCAGAUUCAAGAAUUCAGGUAUUUUCUGCAAAAGGAGACUUCUUGCAAGAAAUAUAUCCUCAAGGGAAAGGUAAAGGGCGUUACGGUGGAAUAACAGUUGAUUCUCAGGGCCAUAUACUUGGCUCGCGUACAGAAAAAGGUAAGAAUUUCAUACAGGUGUUUUCUCUUGCUGAUGGGAACCUACUUGAAACUAUUGAUUCAGACUCAUCGAAGCUUAAAAGACCUUCGGGGCUGGUGGAUAUAGAGGAUAAGUAUGUUAUUGUCGUAGACCUUGGCAACGACACUCUUAAGAAAUAUUGUUAUUGGUGAAUUUUUGAGGUUAAAUCGUUGUUAUCUAAUAAGGUUAAGCUGUAACACUUUCUCUAAAUCUGCUUCUGUUAGCGCUAAGCACGUGUAUGAUCUUACUGAGAGGUUAUUCUUUCCUUAGAGUUUUGCCUCAGAUAGUAGAAAAAUGUUAUUCAAACCACCGCUAUGACAGUCACUAUUACGGUAGCGAGUGUGAAUGAUGUAUAUGACAGUUGAAAUGAGUACUAAACAAUUAGAAAGUAUGUUAAUCAAUACAGUUUAUAUAGUUCUUAUAUUUUUAAGAAAUUGGUUUUGUUUAUUGUCAGGUAUCUGAAUAGAAGUUAUAUGUUUAUUAGAUUCUUUAACUGUUAUAAUUUUUUAUGAUUCUGUUAUCUUAAAUAGAUUAAAUCGUAAUUCGCAUUUCAAAUUAAACUUAUUUAAAAUCAUCCCUCAUAAUUGAUAAAACAAAAAAUAAAUUGCUCUCCCAUGACGGAACAGUAUGUUGAUUGAGUGACAAAUUUCUAAGAUUUUUUUUUAUUUUUUAUUGCUGUUAUAGUUUUACUCGUUUUAUUGAUUUAAUUAACUUCUAUAUCAUUAUGAAUAAUUGUUGUAAAUUGUUAAUGUUGAUGUUUUCUUUCUGCUAUGCUUCGUCAUUCUUUUCUGGAUUGUUCCUAUUUUCUUGAAUUAAGAUAUUAAAUUUCUUUAGGUUUUAACAUUAUUUAAUGUGCCUAAGAAAUGUCUGAACAUAAUUUAUGAUCUAUUUUGUUUUGAUUCACCAUGCAAGUACUUCUUAAUAGAAUAUUUUAAAAAUAAAUAAUUUUUUUACUAUGCAUUUUUA